AUGAAGCCCGAUAGUGCGUAUGGGUUACUGUUACUCACGGUUUUUGAGUCCAUUUUGGAAGUAUUCAUUAUGUGUUUCAGCGGUUGGGCAUUGGCCCGCAAAGGGGUUCUCGACAAACUUACCCAGAAGAAAAUGAACGUAAUCAAUAUCUGGCUCUUCACCCCCUGUCUGCUAUUUUCCAAAGUGGCCUUCUCGCUCACGCCGCAAAAGCUCAAGGAACUGUGGAUUAUCCCCAUUAUUUUCGUAGUGGCGAUUGCCAUAUCCGGGGUGGUCGCGUCGAUCAUAAGCACUAUGUUGCGCCUGAAGAGAUCUCAGCGCAACUUUUGUAUGGCGGCCUCGAUGUUCAGCAAUACCAAUUCAUUGCCGAUUGCGCUCAUACAGAGUAUGGUGUUCAACAUCAAAGGUCUCAGCUGGGGCCCGGAUGACAACAUUAAUUCGAUGCUUGGGAGAGGAUUAGGGUAUAUGAUUCUUUACGCAAAUCUCGGUACGAUGGCUCGUUGGUCGUACGGAGUUCAUUUGCUAACCCAAGAGGAAGAUGAACUCACCCAAAGUGCUCUCGGGCAAAACAUUGGUACACGCCCCGAAGCAUCCUCGAUGGUUCCACCUGAUUUGCUGGAAGUCGCACUUCCCCCAACCCAACCAGCCCAAGUCGAUGGCCCAGCGGCGGUCGCCUCUCGGAGCCAGGAUCCACCUAGACCGCACCGUGAAUCAGAGGAUGGGUGGGGAAGCGAUCACCCUCAACUCUCAUUCCAAACUAUCACGUCGCCAUCGUCAAGCAUAUGGCAUUCUCGUGCCCGCCGAACACAGAGAGGAUUAUUAACAUUCCUGAAGAAAGUUCACGAGUUUGCAACGUUCCCUUUGUAUGCUUCACUUGCUGCAUUUCUUGUUCAUUUUUUGAUGGAAGACGUUCCACCCGUGAGGGGCUUCCUAGAAAGUGCUGGCGCGUGUUCGAUCCCUAUCACCAUGUUAACGUUGGGGGCGUGUUUUUACGACGAGUCUGUACUAUCCCCAGUCCUCCCUAAUGAGCCCCGACCUCAGGAAAGCGACAUAGAAGCGGAAGAUUGCUCCCCGCCAGACCUAGAGCAACCUUCCGAAUUGACAGGAUUGAUCCAUAGGGUCCCGGAGCAACGACCGGACCUCGUUCACAGCACCUUUGUCGCAUCUGCGACAAGAAUAUUCAAGACCUGUACUUUUGAUUUUUGGGCACAUUUCUCAAAUUCGCGCAAGAAGAGAUCAGAAAACAGAACCACUCCGGGGGAGACGACCACUGUAAUUGUCUCAUGCUUGGCUCGGAUGGUUGUAACACCUUUGAUCAUCCUGCCACCGAUGGCUGCGCUGGCGGCGUAUGAGGUGCUUGAUUUAUUCAAAGAUCCCGUAUUUGCCGUAUCAAUUGUCCUGUUGAUAACAUCACCGCCUGCUUUGGCGCUGGCUCAGAUUAUACAAACCUUGUCCGGAGACACGUUUGAAAGACUUUUCAAUCGAACGGUCCUCUGGGCAUAUUGCUUGUUCACUCCCCCUCUCACCCUGUUUUACGUUGUCAUCUCUUUGCGCUUCAUGCAGCUGUGACCAUCGUUGCCCCGUCUCCCCUGUUCCUAUAUACUGGGAUCCUGCCUACUGUUCCUACCCCUUUUGCUGAAAUAGUUGGAUUGAUAUUUCUCUACAGCAUCCUGCUGUCACUCAAAGCGAAGCUUGAUGCAUAACAUGCAGUAACUAAACCAUCACCAUUGUAUAAUCUGAGAGGCUCUGAAGUCUCCAAACGAAUCCG